GGUGUUUGUGGCGCAUGCAGCGCCAUUCGUGCAAAAGAGACGGCCUACCAAAUAUCCACACGAACCACAGAGAAAAAGACCAAAAGAGAGAAGGUAGGGAACACAGCAAUGAAAUGAAAAGAAGCGAGAGAUUUUUUGUCCCAAAACGGGAUUCUAGCGACUAAUUCAUUAAUAGUGCACACAGACAUACAAUAGUUGCCGAUCUGAAUUCAAAAUGGAGGUAUCUUGUGUGAUGCGUACUACAUUUUCAAAUCGGGCUUAACAAAAACACACACAAAAUAAGAACGAAAGAAAAUAAAAAUAAAAACAAUUUAAUUAUUUAUUAUAUUUAAAAAAAAAACAGAAGAAGUAAAGUAAUAAUACACAACAAACGCGGUGACCAACCACAAACGUUACGAAUUUUUACUUUAAUUUACGUUUUUCUCUCCAACUUUUUUUAUUCACUUUGCAAAAUACAACAAAAAAAGAUAGAAACUGGUCCGUAGAAAAACGCAUACAAAAAACAUUACGUUUAAAAUACAACAAUCAAGCGAAAAGUAAUAAAAAUAAAGCAAAGAUUUACGAUUUAUGUAUACAUACAGAAAAGUUACGUUAUAGACAAUAGAAAUUUUCAUAAGUAACAAGAGCCGAACGACAAAAAAAGUUUUUUUUGCACAUUUUUUUGAUAUGAAAAUGCAGUGUAGUGUAAAUAAAUAGAAUAAAUAAAACAAGAAAAAAAUAAUUGCACAUACGACAACCGAAUAAAAAAGAAGAAGAAAAUUUCAGUUUUUCCAAAACUCUAGUCUUAUUUAUUUUUUUCCCAUCUGAUUUCCAUAUAAAUCGGAACAAAAAAAAAGAAGUCGAUCAAUUUGUGUGAAAAAAUAGUGGGUUUUGUACAUGGUGGUGUGUUUUCUUAAAAAAUUGAAGAGCUGCUCCCCCACAGUAUCAUUUUUGGAAAUAAUUUGAGGAAAUUUGUUCGCAUCAUCAAAAGGAACGAGCAUUAAACGAGAGAGAGAGAGAGAAAAAAGCGAAAAAAGAAGAAGAAGAAGCAACAGCAGCAGUAGCAGUAGCAGCAAUAGCAGCAGCAGAAGGAGAAACUGCAAAAAAGAAAAAUUCAUUUUCCAAUACACUUUUGUAUGCUCAUUUCAAUAUCAACCAACAUGGAGACCUGUAAUAUGGCAACAAUUAAACCGAUCGAAAUUGUGAUUUUAGAACACUAAUUAGGCGCCAGCAGCGACAAAUAUAUGAAAAUGAAGUCGCUGUAUCUCAUUUAAUGACCAACAAAUAUUGAACAUACACUAAUAAACACACACUUGAGCACUUACUACUACUAAACACAAGUUCAACGUAGAAAGCAAGAGGAAAAAAAUACUAACGACAGAGCGAAGAAAAAAAUUUAAAUAAAUAAAAAGAAUUAAACGAAGCGAUUGGUUUGAAACGGUUUCACUUCUAAAUGAAUCGAACGACCAAGCAACGCGCCACAUCUCAUUUGAUCAAAUUAGACGCAUGAGAAACGCAAAAACAACAAACUCUGUUCGCGUGUUUUAGUAUAUUUUAGUUAAGCAGCUACAAAUUAUUGCUUCUUUUUCUAACAAAUAACCAACAAAAAAAGCAAACACACACACACACACACAAAUUGAAGGCAAAAAUACAACAAAAUCAAACGAAUUGAAAACUGAUUUGAAAAGUGCAUUAAAAUACGCAGAGAAAAAGUAUGCGUCGUCGUAUAUUACACAGCGCUAAGGUCGAAUUAGAGUUUAAUGGAAAUUAAAUUAAAUUAUUUAUUGUGGCAGACACACUUUACGUUAGAAAAAACGAUAAAGGAAACAAACAUAUUUAUUUGUACCGACUUUUAGCUAAAUGGAUGGAAAUGCUCAGAAUAUGUAUCACGGAAACCAUCAAGGAUAUGGAUAUGGUUCAUAUGCCCGACAUCGGAGCCCUCAUCCGAUGCAACAGCAGGCACAACCACCUCAACAGCAAGCACAGUAUCCUGCAUACCAAACUCCUACCGAUGGCAUGUACGGUAUGGCCGAACAGCAUGUCAUGGGUGGUAUGGGCGACUUAAAUGCAUGGAAUAAUACACAACCAUCACCGUAUCCCGGUUACACUCAUAGCCAUGCAAAUGUUUCACAAGCGCCUAGACAAACUCAGGCACAAGCGCCGACUGCAUAUCGCCAACAUAUUUCCUACCAACAGGAUCCACAGAAAAUGCAAUAUCCGUCGCAACAAGGCAUGAUGAGUGGCAUGAUUCAGCAGCAAAGCUAUCCGAAUCAACAGGCGCAACAGCGUGUACCUCAGCAGCAUUAUGGACAAAGUGCGCAUCCAAUGUACUCGAAUCCCCCGCAAGCAACACAAAACACACAGAGCUAUGCGAGCUAUGGUCCAUCGGCGGCGAUACCACAUCAAACGGCACGAUCAGCGCAACACGUUGGCUACGGUCACACACAAAUGGACCAAACGGCCGCUUAUCAACACUAUCAGCAACAGCAGCAGCAGCCACAAGGGCAAAUGCCAAGCCAACAGAAUCACUUGAAUCCAAGUCACAUAUCAUCAAUGCCUACACAACAACAACAACAGCAGCAGCAGCAGCAGCAGCAACAACAACAAUCACAGGUGCACGUGCCGAUGCCACAAGCGAAUCAGCCGACAAAUCAACAAAGUUUGACGCCGAUGCAACAGCAACAAGCGCCUACACAACCACAACAAACUGCACAUCCCGGUUACUCGGGCAUGUUUUUCGAUGAUGUUGCUGCGAUGGGCCAUCAUACGGCACCAAAAGAAACGGUCAAACCGACGGUAAAAGAUAGUCAACAUAAUGUGGUGGUCGGAAAUACCGGCGGAAUGCAAAUGCCACAUCCUCACCCCUAUGCAGUUCCUCAGCAGCAUACACAACAAACUGCCCCCACGCAGCCAACAUACAAACAACCACAGGCAGCGAGUAGUCAAAUUCCAUCGAAUUCACAGUAUCGAGCGCCAUUCCCGCAAUUGUCGCCACAAAUGUCGCCGAGAUCUCAUCAGAUAUCGCCACAUCCACAAAUAUCACCACGUUCGAAUGUUAUGUCGCCGGCUAAACCGAUGCAACCACAGAACGUAUCCAAUAAUCCAUUGUCACCGCAUGGUCAUUUGCCUGGCAGUGGACCCAGUCCACAGCCACGACAACUGCAACAGCAAGCAUCGAAAAAUGUGGCGGCAUCACAACAAACCGGAUCCGUGUCGACAUUACAAGCGCUUGAACAAAUGGUGAUGCCACCGUCUGUAGCGCCUGGCUCUGUUAUGCAAACGUCGAACAUGGAUUAUGCAUCGUCAUACCGUCCAUCGCCACAACAGAUGCAACACAAUGCCGCCGCAAAUCCAUUGUCACCGAUGACAUCGAUUCCUUCGAUUCCAUCGAUUUCAUCGAUUCCCUCGAUUCCAUCGCUUCCAUCGAUUCCAUCGUUGUCAACCUCUCCACAACAUCAUCAACAAUGGCCCGCGAUGAAUCGAAGUGCGAUGAGCAGCUUGAAUCACCAACAAACGGCACAAAUGAGCAUGAUGCAACCACAACAACAAAUGCCCAACGUUUCACAAAUGAACGAAUUGAGCGUAAUGUCAUCUAAUCGAGGACAAGCACAACAACACAGUGCGCCACAAAGUCGAAUGAUGGCCGGCAUGGGACAAACCGAUAGCACACUCACUCAAAUGGAUCACAUGCACAUGCAACCCCCAAAUAUUCCAACCAGCAUCGAUCCAAUGAACAGCACGCAAAGUUUGCCAAGCAUGAAUUCCACGUCUUCCGUGAUCAGUGCGAGCGCGAAUUUACUGGAUCCAUUUGCAAGCAUUGCCGAUCCAAUUCCGCCCGUGAUUGUAACGCCAGUGUUGUCGCACAUGCAAUCGAGUGUGGACACCAUGCAAACGACCGACUCACAUGCAUCGCUAAUGGACAAAUCAAUGUCAUUAUCCAAUAGCAUGAGUGAUAAUACGAAUGCUGUUUCGCAAAUGGGUAUGCAACAACAAUCGGCGCCACAACAAAUGCCAAUUCUGGCAGAGCCUGAACAAAAAGACGCGGUACAAGAUCAGAGUGAAACGCAUUUACCUCGAAUGUCGGAGGCAUUCGACACCCCGUCGUUGUUGAGUGUGGCCAAUGAUCCGAUUAAAGCGAUGGAAACCGAAAUGUCGGUAGAUCCAUCGUUGAAUCGAUUGGACGAUGUGGCGCUUCCGAAAUCGGAUGACAGUCGCAGUCAAGAGGCUAUUACGGCAAACUUUGAAUCGAGCAAACAAUCGAUGAGCAACGAUUCGGCACAAGGUGAAUUGACCAACAACGGAUUAACUGAUACAAUGUCACAAAAUGAUAAUGCGAUGCAACAAGCGCCCGAAGCAGACAAGCAACAAAUUAUCGAUCCGAUGAUAACAUUUUCAAACAACUCUAACACAAGUUUGCCCAUCGAAGGUGUGAUUGGACAAGAUUCCCAGUCACAAUCAAUGCCAUUCGAUCAAUCGUCGAAUCAUUCACAAUUCUCGUUGCCGCCGCCGGGCAAUGGACAAACAACUGUUUUGGGUGAUAAUAAUCAAAUGCAAAAUCCAAAUGCCGGCUAUGUUCCACAGCAUCCAGGCAUGAUGCAACACGCUUAUCCGCCACCAAUGAUCCAUCACACGGAAAAACAAAUGUUACAACAACAAUUAUCCGAAUUGUACUGUAUUCCACCAACACCGGAUGUACUGGAUAAAAUCAAACGUCUUGACGAUCGAUUGAAAUUGUUGCAGCAACACGAAACAAAUGAACAAUGCCUGGGUGGACCACAAUGUGUUCUGCUAAAUCCAAUGAUGACCGUUCCGAUGAUUGAGAGUCCACAGGUGUCGAGCACAACGGGUCGUGGCCGAAACCGUGGCGGUUCAAGUAAACCACGUAAGCCACGACAAAAGAAAUCCGAUAAACAACAAUCGCCUGGCGAUGGUAAUGUUGAUUUGGGUGAUAUAAAUUCAACCAUCAAAUCAACGGAUCAAUUGCCCGUUUCUGAAGACUGUGUUACACAAGGAGCUGGCUUGGCUGCCGAUGAUAUCAUCAACGAAAUGACGGAUGUGCAUGAGGAGGGCUCACAAGAUGGCACUAACGAAUUGGACACAUCGACCACUGCCGAUGGCAAAAAGCCGAAGAAAAGCAAAUCACGUUCACGAAAGGAGGCUAAAGAACCGAAAGAGCCAAAAGAGCGCAAAAAGAAAGAUCCGAAUGAGCCAAAGAAAAAGUCCAGAAGUAAGCGCGACAAAAGCGAACAAAAUGAACAAAUGGAUCAAACGGACAAUGUGAAUGUUUCAACUGGAGAGGCUGGUGAAUUGAAUCAAACAUUGGACGAUACGAAUGCGGGUGAUGAAAAUGCACCGAAAGACUCAUCGUUAAAUGAUGAUACCCCUGAUUUUGAUGAUAUUCCUGUGUCGAAAAUCUCAGUGAAGAGUUUGCAAGAGGAGGCGGCCAAGAAAGAGGGCGAAGCUGAAAGUGAGCAAACCGAUAUUGAAACAUCGACGCCAAAAAGCAAACGGCGAUCGAGCGGUGGCAAAGGAUCGAGCCGAAGUCGCAAAAGUCGAGGUUCAGCUGGUCGCAGUGGUAAGAAACCUGCUCGUAGUCGUGCUCGUGUUAUAGUCGAAUCGGAUGGCGAAGGUGAUGAUUUGGUCACAACACCGCCUCCAUCACCACCACCAGACGCUGAUUUGGACAGUUCAAAGAGACGAUCGGCUCGAAACACUCAGCGCAAAAAGUACAUCGAUGAUGUUAUGCUUAGCAUUUCGGAUGAAGAGUCCGAAAUCAUUUCGCCAACCAAAAAAGAGAAGAAAUCCAGCGAGAAGAUGGCUGAGGUCACGGAUGCCAGCGAUGGAGCAUUAGCUGCCGAAAAUAAAGAUGUUACAGAACCAAAAGAAGGAACAAGCACCGAAGAAGUGAAGGUUGAAAAAGUCGAACCGGUCAUUGAGCCCAACAAACCAAACUAUGUGUAUGUGAACACAGCCGAAGAGGAUUCGAUGGUUGUUCAAUUUGUGUUGUGUUGUCGUCGUGGCAAACGUGAGUUGAUCCCAGACCCACCACCAAAACCAGUUGAAGAAAUCAAAAAAGAAGAGCCUGAAACGGCUGCUGACGAAACAAAGGAAUCGGAAGAAUCGAAAGAAUCGGACAAAGUGGACGGUGAAGCGAAGCCAACUGAAGAUGGUGAAUCCGAUGUAAAAACUGAACCUCCAACUGAAGGAUCUGAAGAAACAAAAGUAGAAAGUGAAGAAAAAGAGCCAACUGGCGAUGAUACGGAAAAGAAAACCGAUGAAGCAAGUGCUGAAAGCGAACCAACAACCGAAAGUGUUGAAAAGAAGGGCGAAACAGAAGAAAACGCUGAAAAGGUUGAGGCUGAAAAACCAUCUGAGGAGGAAAAGCCCAUGGAAACUGACACAGUGGAAUCUGAAGCUAAGCCAGAAACAGAGACAGAGGAAGCAAAAAUGGAAGUUGAUGAAGUGAAAGAGUCAACUGAGCCAACCGAAGUAGAAACUGCCAAACCUGAAAGCGAAAACGUGGUUAAAGAUGAUGCCGCCAUCGCUUCCGUCGAUAACAAAGAUGUUGCUGAAAAAAGUGAAGUAGCUAGCGAGGAACAACCAAUGGAAACCGACAGUGCUGAACCAAAAGAAGAAGCCAAAACUGAUGAGGUCAAAUCUGACGAAGUUAAAACUGAAGCAUCAGAAGAAAGUGCUGCCAACGAAAACAAAGACGAGACAACGGAAGUGAAAGCCGAAGCUAUAGAAGAGAUAAAACCGGAGCCAGUGUACAUUGAAGUCGAUGAAUACUAUGUGAAAUACCGGAAUUUCUCCUAUUUGCACUGCGAAUGGCGCACCGAAGAAGAAUUGUUGAAGGGUGAUCGUCGUGUUAGCGCCAAAAUUCGCCGAUUCGAAAUGAAACGUGCGCAACAGUUUAACAUUUUCGAUAAUUUAGAAGAUGAACCAUUCAAUCCGGACUUUGUCGAAACCGAUCGUGUUUUGGAUAUGUCGGAGCACGAGGACCCAGUGACGGGCAAAAAGACAAAGAAUUUCUUGGUCAAGUGGAAAUCACUGCCAUAUGAAGAUUGCACAUGGGAAUUGGAAGAUGAUGUUGAAGAGAAAAAAAUCGAAGAAUACUAUCGAUUCAAUAAAAUACCACCGAAAGACAAAUGGAAGCCGAAGCGACGGCCAACGCCCGAACAAUGGCGUAAAUUGGACGAAUCACCGGUUUACAAAAAUAACAACACACUUCGAGCAUAUCAAUUGGAAGGUUUGAAUUGGUUGAAAUUCUCCUGGUACAACAGCCACAACUGUAUCCUAGCCGAUGAGAUGGGAUUGGGAAAAACCAUUCAAAGUUUGACAUUUGUACAUUCGUGCCAUUCGUAUGGAAUUCGUGGUCCAUUUUUGGUGAUUGCCCCAUUGUCGACGAUUCCGAAUUGGCAACGUGAAUUUGAGAGUUGGACCGAUUUGAAUGUCAUUGUUUAUCAUGGUUCCAUGACAAGCAAACAGAUGAUCGGUGAAUAUGAAUUUUACUACAAAACCGACAGCGGUAAAACAAUCAAGGAUAUGAGUAAAUUCAAUGUGUUGAUUACAACAUUCGAAAUUAUUGUGUCCGAUCACAAUGAUUUACGUAACUUCAACUGGCGUGUGUGCGUUAUCGACGAAGCUCAUCGAUUGAAGAAUCGCAACUGCAAAUUAUUGGAAGGUUUGCGUCAAUUGAAUUUGGAGCAUCGUGUGCUAUUGUCGGGAACACCGUUGCAAAACAAUGUCAAUGAACUGUUUUCAUUGCUCAACUUCUUGGAACCGUCACAAUUUGCAUGCAACGAAUCGUUCUUGAGUGAAUUCGGUAAUUUGCGGAAUGAAGAGGAGGUCAAGAAAUUGCAAGCUCUGUUGAAGCCAAUGAUGUUGCGUCGGUUGAAAGAUGAUGUCGAAAAAUCGCUGGCUCCAAAAACCGAGACCAUUGUCGAGGUGGAGUUGACAAACAUCCAAAAGAAAUACUAUCGUGGUAUUUUGGAGCAAAACUUUUCGUUCCUGAAAAAAGGAACGACCGCACAGAAUUUGCCAAAUCUCAUGAAUACAAUGAUGGAAUUGCGAAAAUGUUGCAUUCAUCCGUAUUUGCUGAACGGUGCCGAAGAGCAAAUUCAAUACGAAAGUAACGACGAUCCUGAUUCAUAUCACAAGAAUUUGGUUUUAUCGGCGGGUAAAAUGGUGCUACUCGACAAAUUACUGCCAAAAUUAAAGGCAAACGGACAUCGUGUGCUGAUUUUCAGUCAAAUGGUUCGUUGCUUGGACAUUCUCGAGGAUUAUCUCAUCUACAAAAAGUAUCCAUUCGAGCGUAUUGACGGUCGUAUUCGUGGUAAUCUACGUCAAGCUGCCAUCGAUCGUUAUUCCAAACCGGAUUCCGAUCGAUUUGUCUUUUUGUUGUGUACAAAAGCCGGUGGAUUGGGUAUUAAUUUAACCGCUGCCGAUACUGUCAUCAUUUAUGACAGUGACUGGAAUCCACAGAACGAUUUACAAGCCCAAGCGCGUUGCCAUCGUAUUGGCCAACAGAAAUUGGUGAAAAUCUAUCGAUUGCUGUGUCGCAACACAUACGAACGUGAGAUGUUCGACAAGGCAUCGAUGAAACUCGGUUUGGACAAAGCUCUCUUGCAAAGCAUGAACAGUAAUUUGGGCAAUGACAAAACUCAAAACACUGGCCGUCAAUUGACGAAAAAAGAAAUCGAAGAUUUAUUGAAACGUGGUGCUUACGGUGCUGUCAUGGACGAUGACAAUGCCGCUGAUAAAUUCUGUGAAGAAGAUAUUGAAUCGAUUUUAAUGCGACGCACACAAGUUAUUACGAUGGAAAGUGAAAAGGGAUCGACUUUCUCGAAGGCAACAUUCGCGGCGACGGGCAAUCGUGCUGAUAUUGGCAUCGAUGAUCCCGAUUUCUGGAACAAAUGGGCUAAGAGAGCCGAAAUCGAUCCGGACGCUGUGGAGCGUGACGAUGAAGAAAAUUUGGUCAUUUCGGAACCACGUCGUCGUACACAGAUCAAACGAUACGGUCAUGAUGAGGGUGUUCUAGAUGGUAUCUCGGAUGAGUCACAAAACUCAGAGACGGACGAAGAAGGUGGCAUUGGCUUGCGCAGCAAACGUCGCAAGGAUAAACGACGUGGUAAUAAAGUCAUCGAAGAUUACAUUCCGUCACGCGAACGCAUCGAAAUUCCACCAAUGCUAUGCGUCACCGAAGACGUUACCUAUGGCAAUUGGGCACGAACCGAGUGCUUCAAAAUCGAAAAGGGACUAUUAUCAUUCGGUUGGGGUCGUUGGAGCGAAAUCUUGGUGCAAGGCCAAUUUAAGCGCGGUUGGCAAGAGUCCGACAUUGAAAACUGUGCCAGAAUCAUUCUGUUGUUCUGCCUACAAGUAUACCGUGGUGACGAGAAGAUCAAAAAUUUCAUUUGGGACUUAAUAUCGCCCAAUGAAUGUGGUGAAAAUAUUAUCAGCCGCAAUCACAGCGGUUUGCAUAAUUUGGUGCCACGCGGUCGCAAUGCCAAAGGACGUAAAGGUGGUAAAGGCAUAAAGGAAGGAGGCCAAACGCCAUGCACUUCAGCAACGGCAUCCACAUCCGGCACAUCGACACCAUCGGCUCCGUCAACACCAAACCCAACUACAUCGACAGCGCAAGAAAAACCAGCCGAAGCAAAAACACCGGAAGUCAAUCCAACCAAUGUGACGAAUCCAGAAACUGCGACUGCGACUGCAGCUACAGCAACAGCAACAGCAGUACCACCGCCAGUGGCAACAGCAUCGGCAACGCCGCCUCCUCCAGCACCAGCACCAGCACCAAUUGUGACUGGUGGUGUGCCAACAUUGGACGAUCCAAAUCACUGGAGUAAAGACGAGAAAUACGAUGCUGAGGCUUGUUUAGAGGCACCAUACAAAAAACACUUGGGACGACACGCCAACAAGGUUUUACUUCGAGUACGCAUGUUGUACUAUAUCAAACAUGAAGUGAUUGGCGAUGCUGUCCAACAAAUUCUCGACGGUGGCAAAGUGGCUGAUUUACCAGUGGAUCCACCACCAACCAAUGAUCCAGCUCCGACGAGCUGGUGGGUUCCAAAAUGUUGCGAUAAGAGUCUUUUGGUUGGCACAUUCAAACACGGCUGUGAGAACUACUAUUUGAUGCGAUGUGAUCCAUGCCUUUGCUUUGUCUCUCACAUUGGACCAGAAGAUACACUUCCGGCACCAGCACCAAUACCAAUCGAAGAGGAUGCUGCAUCAAAAACUGAAAAUGUGGAAGAAACUGAAGAAGAAUCAUCUGAGACAAAAGACAAAGACAAAGAAAAGGAGAAAGAAUCCGAAAAAGAGGGUGAGAAGGAGGCUGAGAAGGAGGCUGAGAAAGAGGGCGAUACCGAAAAAGAUGGUGAAAAACCAGCCGAAGAAACACCAAGCAAGGAACCAAGCGAAAGCACUGCAGAACCGAUGGAAACCGGUGAGAAUAAGCCAGCUGAGGCAACUGAUGCCGAACGACCAAAUUCAUCAGGUGCUGAUGAUGAGGUCGAAAGCAUAGCAGGUGCUCCAAGUGUGGCUGGUAGCGUAACUGGUGAAACUCCAGCCGAUAGCCUGAUUUGGCCAUCAAUGCAAGAUCUAAACACUCGGUUGCGACGCGUUAUCACUUCAUACCAGCGCAACUACAAAAAGGAGGAAUUGAAGCAACAACAAAAGGCCAAGCUACAAGCGCUUGUAACAUUGCCACAACAACAGCCAAUUCAAGGGCUACCGACGCAAACGAAGUUAGUGAAUACGUCGACGGCGCAAAUACCACCAAUUGUGCCGUCCGGACAACAACAACAAACGACACAACGGGUCGUCGUCGGUCAAUUACACCAACAACAAUCCCAAAUGCAACAAGAACCGACUGCAGCCGAAAUAAACUUAAUGCUGAAUAGUCUCGGCUUAGGUCUACCGCCCAACGAAACAUUGCAAUUGGGAAAUUGGGAUCUCAAGAAAUUGGCCAUGUACUUGAAAAUGGAAAAACGCGAGAAAAUCGAACAGGCGGUCAAAGAACGUGAACGCGUUCGCUUGGAAACUAUUCCAAAGAAAUGGAACAAACGUGAGGAGUAUGAAUUUUUGCGUGUACUCACCGGCUAUGGUGUCGAUUUGCAAAUUGGAGUGGCCAUUCCAACACCCGAUUGGUCACGUUUCCGAGCCAUUGCGAAAUUGGAUCGCAAAAGUGACGAAGCACUCAGUGACUACUACAAAGUGUUCAUUGCGAUGUGCAAGCGACAAGCAAAUGUUCGCCUGACCGAAGAGGAGAAAGGAUUGGAAGGCGUCAUUGAGGACAUUAGCGAAGAUCAUGCACGUUUGAUAUUGGAUCGCUUGGAAUUGUUGUCGAAACUCAAAGAAGUUGGUAAAACUGCGUUGAAUGACGAACGCUUGAAUUUGUGCCAGAACAAUCUGGACACACCCGACUGGUGGGAGUCUGGCAAACACGAUCGUGAAUUGGUUCGCGCUGUGAUGAAGCACGGUCUUUAUCAAUCACAACAGAAUAUCUUCAUUGAUCACGAGUUCAGUUUUGCGGCAUCCGAACGUGCCUACCUGGAAAUGCUUGAAAAACAAUGGAUCCUAGCACAACAAGCUGAGGCGGCCAAAUUAUUGGUGAAAUCGGAACCAAUCAAAGCUGUACCGUCGACACCACCGAAAGAGAGCAUCAAAGAAGAGCCUAAAGUGGUUGAAGUUGAAAGUGCCAAACCGGAGACAGUAAGCGAUGAGGCAAAACCAGGAACGCCCAAAGAAAGUGGUCCAAGUGAAGAGAAAGAAACGGAAAAAGAGCAAACAGAAGAGGCUAAACCAGAGACCGAAACAACUGAAACUGACAAACCAACCACAGAAGCUGAAGAAGAAAAACCAGCCGCUGAAUCUGAGGUUCAAAAGGAGGAGCCAAGCACCGAAAAGACCGAUAUUGAAAUGACUGCCGUCGAUGAGAAACCAAGCGAAACCGAAGAAACACCAAAAUCUGAUGAGGCAAUCGCUGAAGUUAAAUCACCAGCAGCUGCUGCGGAAGAGCAAGACGGUGAAAAGAAGGAAGAAAGUGUUCAAAAUGUUGAAAAGGAAGAGGCUACCGAAGAAAAAUCGGCCGAAGAACCAAUUGCUGAGGUCGAAUCACCAAAGCCACAAGAGCAAUUGAAAAUAGACGAAGACAACAAAGAAGAAGCUGAUGAUAGCGAACCAAUGGACACUGCCGAAACAGAAACAGAAACACCACAGUCACCAGAAAAACCAGUUGAAAGUGAAUCUACUGAAAAAGAGGCUGAAGUUCCAACAGUCGAAGAGGAAAAAGAAAAAUCCGACACAGAAACGGCCGAUAUCGAAAUGGCCACCGAAGCCACUGAAGCUGAAAAUGUUGAAAAAGAAUCUCCAAAAGAUGAGCAAGAAACGGUCAAACCAGCAUCGCCGAAACCAGAAACUGAACUAGAGCCUGAAAAGACAGAAUCGGUUGAAAAAGCCGAAACUGUUGCUGAUAGCGAAAAAGAAGAGGCAACAACCGAAACUGCCGAACCAACGGUUGAGGAAAAAUCUGAUGAAGCCGAGCCAAAAUCACCAAAACCACAGGAGCCAAUGGAAACCGAGGAUUCGGUCAAAAUUGCAGACGAAAUCGCUGAGGUUGUUCCACCGAAAUCGCCAAAAGAAACAGAAAAAGAGCAACCAGCCACUGAAAAGGAGGAAUCAGUCGCUGUGGAAGAAAUUAAACAAGAGAAAGAAGCCGAAAGCGAACUAAUUGAAAAGGAAGAGCCAACAGCUGAAUCAAAGGUUGAAUCAAUUGAAGAUGUGAAGCCAGUCUUGAGCCCAGUCAAAGUUGAAGAGAAGAAAGCGCAAGAUGAGAAUUGCGUGACUAUUCUUGAUGACGAUGACGAUGUAAUGAUCGUGGGCAAAGGCGAUCCCGACGAUGACGAAGUCAUGCACGAAAAAGAGAAGGCAUCCAUUGAAAAGCAAAACCAACAAUUGGCACAACUGUUGCAACAAACUCGAUUGAAGUUCGAGAAUCCAGUCAAGAUUCGCUGGUUCCACGAUUUUGCAUUGGAGAAACGUGUUUCGCACAUCGUCCAUUGCAUCGAGCAUUCGGAAUGGCCAGUAAAUAAAUCAUACUCAGCCUAUGCAGGUUGCCAAGGCAUCAAUUUGGAUGUUCCAUUGCAUGAAACUGUCAAACACAUGCCACCAACCAUUGACUUGGUCGGCCGAUCAACACCAGAUUUGUUAUCGAUUUCGGGAGAUUUAACUGCCACAAAGAAAAUGCAAUCGCCGGCAUCAGUAUUGCCGAUUCCAUCGCCGAAUACAAAAUACACCAACAUGCAAAUGCCGGUGUUGCCGACAAGUGGCAAGAAACGCAAGCGACACAUUGCAAUCGAUGUGGAAACGGAGCGUGCAAAAUUGCAUGCACUUUUGAAUAAUUCACAAGAUUCAAUGCCCGGUUCGGCACCACAAACACCGGUUCAAAGCAAACCAAUGAACUGGCCGACGGAUGAUGAAAUUCUUCCAAAGAGUGCGAAACGUUCGUUAUCCGCCAUGCAACCACCACCAGCACAUCAACAUCAAUCACAUUUGAGCCGAUCCGGUUCGAACCAACAACAGCAACAACAGCAACAGCAGCAACAACAACAACAACAAGCGGCCAAUUACAGUACAAAAUCGACAAUGUCGGCACGCAUUCCGGGCACAUCAAGCACAUUGACACCAAUCGAUCUUUCAGCCAGUUUGGACCUUUCGUCCGGUCGCAAACCAAUGAAAGAUCGAUUGUCAAUGAAGAGCGGCGUCAUGGAUUUCAGCGAAGUACAAGAUUUCUCCAUUUCAAAGAAAUCAAGCGGCGCAUCACCAUUAGGUGGCGGUGGUGGUGGUGGUAAAGGCAAACUCGACGACAUGUUGACCAAAUUGAUGAAGAAAAACAAUUACCCAACACCAAACGAAGAGCCUCCUCCGGCCAGUGGCAAAGAAAAGCGAAAGAGAAAACUCGACGAAAUUGUUUUCGGUUUAUCAGCAGCAAAAGAACAGAAAACAUUCAGUGAUCCAUUGCUUUCGUCACCAUCUUCGAAAAAGGCACAAAUUCCACCAUCAGUGUCCGUUACACCGGCCAGUGGUCCAUCCGCUUUGAGCAGCCAAUCAACAUCGUCACAGAAACCAUUCAGCGUUACUGUUACCAGUGUUCCAGGCUCAAAUACAAGAUCGUCGAAAAAUUCGGCAAAUCAAGGCAAUACAAAUCUGACUGCAUUACAAAAUAUGAUGAUGGGAACAUCGGGCGCAAGCUCGAGUGCUCGUGCAAGUAGCAGCAGUGCAAGCGCCAAUCCAUUUGGUAGUAUGCAAGGAGCAUCGGCCAAGGAAAUUUUGGCUCAAUCGCAAGCAUUCUUCAAAGAACAACAGAAAUUACUGCAGCAAUUACCACCAAACUCAGUGCAACGCAAGACAUAUGAGGCUAUUUUGGCUGAGAUGAAACAAGCUGCUGAGCAAAAUGCUAAAUACGCUGCUGCUCAAGAAGCCAAAGCGAAUCGUCAAAGUUUAGAACUUGAAUCGAAGCGUCAUUCGGAAGCAUCGCAUGCACAAUCGGCAAGUGAUUUCCGUCGUUCGACACGUCAACAAACUCAAACCGGUUCACAGCAAUCACAGCAGAUGAGCUCACAAAACUCCAGUCACCAACAACAGCAACAACAACAACAACAAGCGAUGAGCCAUCAAGCGGCUUUGAAUGCAAUGAAGAAUUUGACGGGCGAAGAAAAUGUGGCUGUUAUCAACAAACUCACUGGUAAACGUAUCAGCGGCAGCAAAGCACCGCAAUUGAAACGUUUGAGUCAAUGGCUCACUGAAAAUCCCGCCUAUGAAAUCGAUCCAAAAUGGAUUGAAUUGUUGCAAGCAACAGCAAAGGCUAGCGAAACGUUGUCAAUGAGCAUGCCCUCAUCGAAACAACAGCAACAACAGCAACAGCAACAGCAGCAACAACAACAACACAGCGCAUCAUCGGCGAGUGCAUCAAAUCCACAUGGAUCGAACUACUCAAGCCAAUCACAGUCGCAAUCAUCAUCAUCAUCGAAGAAAGGCCGACAAACGGCAUUGGAUGCAGCAACUGCAGCGCAAAUGCAACAAUUGGCCAAUCUCACUGGUUUGAAUCCAAGUGUGCUGUCAAGUUUGUCACUUGGCGGCUUUGACCCGAAAAAUCCACUGCUUUCAAUGCCAUUCGCUGGUUUACCAAAUCUGGCCGGCAUGAGCGGAUUGGGCAAUUUGAACAACAUGAACAUGAAUAUGAUUGCUAAUUUGGCUGGAUUAGGAGGCUUCGCCGGUUUGGAUCCACAAAAUUUGGCUGCAAUGGCAGCUACGAUGGCCGGAACGAAUUUGGGUAAUCUCGGUAAUUUGGGAAAUCUGGGCAGCCUUGCGAGCUUAGGCAAUUUGGGCAAAACAAACACGAACCAACAAUCGACUUCGAGCAAAGAGAGAAAAUCAAGUUCAGUAGCGGCACAACAACAACAGUCGCAACAAUCCAGUUCGUCGUCGAAUCAACAACAAUCGUCUAAGUCAUCAUCGAGUGGACGCUUUUCGUUGGAUCCAAGCAAUCCAUUUAGCAUGUUCCCGAAUACAUUGUACACACCAAUGGGUUUGGGUGGCCUAAAUCCGUUUUCGUCGUCGAGUUCGAAUAUGUCUGUCUACGAUCAAUUAGCACAACAAUACAAUUUAUUGAAUGGAAUCUCAUCGGCUGGAAUCACAUCAAACACCAACACAUCAUCGACAAGCACAAGUUCAUCGCGUCAACAAUCUUCAAGCAAAUCAACAACAUCGCGAAUGAGUUCGAGUGCAUUGCCAACGAGUCAAGUGCAACAAUCGCCAUCGAGUCGUGGCCGCAGCAGUUCGGCAACAUCAAGCCAAUUGAGCCGUGAAGCAGCUCAGCUACAAAGUUUGCUUGGAAUGCCACAAGAUCCACAGUUCUUGGAAACGUUGUCACGUGCAGCUGGUUUGGAUAUAUCUGCGUUGACUGGACGUCCGUCGUCGAGUAGCACAAGCAAAAGCCAACAGCAGCAACAGCAACAACAACAAGCUAAGCAAGAUCGCCAGGAACGCCAGGAACGCCAAGAGCGACAGGAGCGUCAAGAUCGAGAGCGCCACGAGAGACAAGAACGGCAAGAGCGGCAGGAACGUCAAAAUCGAAAUGAUAAGGCAGAAAAAGAGCGUCUCAAAUUGAUGGAACAAUUGAGCCGAAGUGGAUUACCACCAGAUCUUGCUGCAAUGCAAGCCUAUGCCACCAAAUUGGCCGGUUCUUCAAUGUCAUCGGGCUCGAAAUCAUCAUACAAAGAUCCAUCGCAAUUGUUAUCACCCGAACUUAGCCAAGCAUUGUUUGCUGAAAUGGCCGCUCAAAUGGCAGCCGCCCAAAGCAGCUCAUCAUCCUCGUCAAAACGUCGCGAACAAAGAGAACAACGCGAUCAUCGUGAACAACAGCGUGAGCAAAGAGAAAAACAACGCGAUCACGAGCAAGAAAUGAAAGAAGCGAUAAAUCAAUUGAGCAAAUCGCAAGUGGAAUUGUUUGCACGCAACUUGGGUAUGGGCUCUGGCAUUUCAUUAAUUCCAACGUCGUCGUCGGCGGCAUCAUCGAUGUACAGUAGUAUUUUAGAUGAACCCAAAUCGAAACGCUCUCGCAUGUCAUCCUCGUCACAGCAAUCAAGAGGCGACAGUUUGGCUAGUCUGAUGGCAGCCGCUGUUGCUGAUGAGAAACAGUUGCGAGCAUUGACGAGAAAUAACCGGUCAAGCGCUUCAGCAACUAGCUUGAAUGCGGGCACAUCAAACGAAACAACCAUUGAAAAGGUGACACUUUCACCAGUUGCCGCCGCUAGCAUUGCCGGCCUUCCACCACAAACAUCCAUUACCAUCGCUCCAUCGCCGUCAUCCCAACAGUAUGAUAAGCAAUCGGUGAGCAUGUCACCAAUGCCAAGUCCAGCCAAAUCAUCUGAUAGCUCUUCAUCAACGCGACAACAUCAGCAUGAAACACGGGAACGUGAUCGAAGUGAUAGAGAGCGUGAACGUGAGCGCAACGAACGGGAACGAGAAAGAGAAAGGGAACGGGAACGUGAGCGCAAUGAACGGGAGCGAGAGAGAGAAAUCGAGCGAGAACAGCGUGAGAGUCGUGAACGACAGACAUCUACUUCAAGCCAACAUGAACAGGAGCACCCAAAUCAAGAAAUGGAUCUUGAGGAUUUGAUCGCACCAUCAAAAGUGUCAAAGAAUGGUGGUCAAUCGACUCCAUCGACGCCAGUCAGUACAACGGCUCCAUCAAAUAACACGUCGCGUGACAGUGAGGCAUCGCUGAAUGCGGAAAAAGGGGACAAAGAUGAAACAAAAGGCAGUGACUCAAAAGGAUCGGAUCAGCAAGAAGAGAAUGUUGGUCGUGGUGGACGACGAACACGUAGCAAACGACCGCGAUCAGGUGAAGACUUCCAAGAGCUAGUGUUGCCAGAACGUAAACGAGAACUGCGUUCAUCAGCAAGUCGUUUGGCAGCCGCUGCAGCUGCUCGUCAUGCUGCCGAAGAAGCUGCCGCUAAAAUGGCCGAAUCACAGAACAACUAAAUGGAAGGAAAAAAAAGAACACCUUCAACUUUGUACAUUGACACAAGAAACAUACGAAAAAGAAGAAGAAAAUCUAUGCGAAUAUUUAUUUAAUAUAAAAUUAUAUCCAAGAUGUUAUAUAAAAUAUUGCAAAAGUUGUAAAACGAUAACACAAAAAUGACGAUGGUGAUUUGAGUGAGUAGGAUGGAAAUGUGAAUGACGAGCGGUUUUUUGAAUUGGGGGAUUCGAGUAAAAACGUUCGAAAUACGCAUUCGAAACUGCGAUAACAGCGAUUAACACCAAUAAUUGUGACCUCCAUGUCGUUGCAUGGCAAAAACGCUUUUUAUAUCCAAUCGACCAAAUUGCGUACCAACCCGGGGUCCAAGACAUCGUCGAAAUAUUUAAAAAAAAAAACAAGCAAACAUUAUACAUACAAACAAAAAUCAUUAAAAAAAAGAGAGAAACACAAAUGAAAUAUGAAAUACAGAAUAGAUUUAUUUGAAAGUAAAAAAAAACAAUUCUCUAGAUGUAUAAGUUUCAAGAUGGGUAAAAGUCUCGAGUAAAUAGAAUUUAGAUUAGUUUAAUGGGAUAAAAAUUAAACGAAGUAGAAGAAGAACUAAAAAUGAAAUCGGAAUGAUUGUAGCCUGUAGAUUCGAAUGGAUGUAGUUAGCACAAAUGACGAAUCGGUCAAACAGAAGGGAAAACACGUCCGAUUGACAAUGCAUUCGAAUCGGAAUGGCAACAAAGUACGACCGAAGUGAUUAUGCUUAUAAUUUUAAGGAGAGCCAAAAGCAAAAAAAAAUAAAUGAAAAUGAAAAUGAAAGAAAAGUUUAAUUUACAAAACACAAAUCAGAUCAUAAAACACACACACAAACACAUACUUUUAUUUCUUGAUGAGACAAACAUAGAGAGAACAAGAGUUUGGUCGCAUGUAAUUAGCUAAUUCUAUUAGAUGAUAAUCAGCACACAUACACAAAUAAGUAACACAUAAGUCAAAGUCUAGGCAUAUAAAAACGAUAAAAACUUCUUUUUUACACGUGUAAUUGUAUUAUUAUUAUUUUUCUCUGAUUGAUUGAAUUUUCCGCUUAAGUUCCAUUCAAAUUGUUUAUUUACAAUGUAAUUCCUUGUUUUUUUUUCUAUCACCCAAAACAAAUUUUAAAUAAAAAUCCACUGAUGAAUUCUAUUUCAA